GGCCAGGAGAAUAAGCAAAACAAACGACGAAAAACUCAAGAGACGUCAGACAGGCGACUGCUGUCAUCUUUUUGCUUGAGCUGUGGACAAGUUUCGCAGUUUUACGAGAUUUUACUUGUGAACAGUUGGAAUUACCCCUGGCUAAAGAUGGUCGUCACGAAUGCUAUUGAUUUACCAACUGACGAAGAACUCACCGUUCCGGAGGUUAAUCUCUCCGGACCGGCACUGCGCGCUGGUGCUUUUCAUUUGGGCAAACAUUGCGAAGCUGAAAACAACGAGUUUAUGCUAUGUCGCCAAGAGCUAAAUGAUCCCCGAGCCUGUAUAAAUGAAGGAAAGGCAGUCACAAACUGUGCGUUGGAGUUCUUUCGCAAAGUGAAAAAAUCUUGUGCCCAAGAGUUCACUCAGUACGCUAACUGUUUGGAUAAAAGUAGCGGUGAUCUGAAUUUCAAAUACUGCCGUAAAACUCAAGGAGUGUACGAUAAAUGUGUCCUGGAUAAUAUAGGAAUCGAGCGACCAGACUACGGUUACUUCACCAGGGUUAAAGUACACGCUACAGAUCGCCCAGCACCACCAAAGAAGGAGAAAACUGUGUAUGCUGACGCUACUCCUGGUCUGCCGGAUGAUUAUCCUCGACCGGAGGCGAAGUAUGGCUCACGCUUCCACUGGCUGAAUUAGAUUGAGCUGAGCGAAACGAGCUAAUUUGUUGUGUAGAAAAUUUUGAUUUUCGGCCAUCGUCGGAAGGUAAUUAAAAUCGAUUGGGAAAUAUUA